AACAAUAUCGACAUCUCUCUACUUUGAGCUCGAUGUUUCUGCUUGAUGUGGAAAUACCCCGAGCCGCGUCGAAACAUGGCAUCACCAAACGCGGGUGUCCUUCAUACUUCGUUGUCUAUACAAUAAAGAUCUUGGCCCCGGCUAACGAAGUUAUCCAUUUACCAUCUCACUUUCCAACAUGCAUUUUCUUUCUUACCUUCCGCUGCUGGUCAGCACGGCUUCGGCUCUUGCCUUCCCCGGUGCCGAAGGCUUCGGCAAAGAUGCGAUCGGCGGCCGCAACGGCAAAGUUUACGUCGUCUCCAACUUGAACGAUUCCGGUGCUGGCUCUCUUCGCGAUGCUGUCUCGCAGCCAGAUCGCAUCGUUGUUUUCCAAGUCGGCGGACUCAUCAAGAUCAAAGAGCGCAUUGUGCUCUCCAAGCGCAUCAGUAUCCUGGGCCAAACGGCACCUGGGGAUGGUAUUACAGUGUAUGGCAAUGGCUGGUCUUUCUCGAACGCCAACGAUGCUAUCGUGCGAUACAUCCGUAUCCGAAUGGGCAAGGGAGGAACAAGCGGCAAAGACGCUGCUGGAAUUGCAGAGGGCACAAAUAUGAUCUUCGAUCAUAUCAGCGUAUCCUGGGGUCGCGAUGAGACAUUCUCUAUCAACGGCGCCGCCUCCAACAUCACCAUCCAGAACAGCAUCAUCGCUCAAGGAUUAGAAACACACAGCUGCGGCGGUCUUAUGCAGACUGAGCUCGAUAACGGCAUCAGCCUGUUCAGGAACCUGUAUAUUGACAACAAGACGCGAAACCCGAAGGUCAAGGGCACAAACGACUUCAUCAACAACGUUGUGUACAACUGGGGUGGCGGUGGUGGCUACAUUGCCGGCGACUCGUCUGGCCUGUCUGAGGCGAACAUCAUCGGCAACUACUUCAUCAGUGGCCCUAGCACGAGCGUCACUGCCUUCACGCGCGGCAACGCCAACUUCAACGGCUAUGUCGAGAAGAACUUCUACGACUCUGACAAGAACGGUGCUCUGAGUGGCUCAGAACUCGGUGCAUCAAGCUCCAACUACGGUGGCAUGGCAAUCUCGACUUCCAAGUUUGCGCACCCAGAACCUGCGAAGUUGUUAUCUGCUGCCGACGCAUUGAAGUAUGUCGAAGCAUCUGUUGGAGCCAGCAAGGUUCGCGAUGCUGUUGACGCGCGUCUCAUCACAGAGCUGAAGAGCUAUGGAAAGACCGGUCAACUGAUCAGCGAUGAGACUGCGAGUCCCAUGAAUUUCCCGGGAACCAUCAAUGCGGGUACCCCAUGGGUUGAUGCUAAUGGUAACGGUAUUCCCGAUGAUGUUGAGAGCAAGUUCAAGACUGUUGAGGACUGGGCGAACUCACUUGUCCCCAGCGGCUACUAGAAUCCUAGUGGACAGCAU